UCGCAUAAUAAUGAAAUAUCUCAUAACAGUUUACGAAAUUUUAAAUUACAAAUUUGAACAACUGAACGAUGAUGGGACUUGUGAGCCACAAAACGAUGAUAACAAUUAUGAACUACUUUACUAUUUGGGACUCAAACCGAGAACUGAACCAUGGGUUCAAUAAAAGAUGGAGUGGGAGACAACUCUCGAGAGGAUUGAGCAGAGGUGCAAGCAAUACCUAAAUUUGGAAUUUAUAUUUGACAGACGGCUACAUGGGUGCAGCGCAGAGAUUCGAGGCGGCGGCCAAGCUCCAAGAGGGUGGACUCCAAAACACCCCGGAUCAUCUGGCUAGGGUCAAGCAUGCGGUGCGAGCGGGACAGUUGCAGUAUGCCCUGGAUCUGGCCAAGAAGCUAUAUCCUAAGCUGUACGAGAGCGACAACUACAUGUACUUUCACAUGCAACAGUUACGUCUCAUCGAGCUGAUUCGGGAGAGAAAGCACUUAAAUGUGGGGACCAAUGCCAACUCCUCCUCCUUUGUUAGCUCGGAUCCCUUUCAAAUGGAGCAGCAGCAGCAGCCAAGUGGAUCGCAGCCCAGUUGCCGGGCUGAGCAGAUUAGCAGUGAGCUGGAUUGCAUGGCGAUGAUUGAGAACGAGCAGGCCGCUUGCAUGGAGCCAAAAAUGAUGUUUCUGGUGAAAUUGAUACUCUGGGCGCAGGGCAAACUCGACAAGGAUGGCGUUGGCUGUGGCCUCGAUCUGGAGUGCGAGGACUUUGAACUGGAGCUGAGGCGUGCAUUGCAGAAGAAGAGCAAUUAAAUGAAAUUCAACUAGAAAAACGAACGAUUUUUUGAUCAUUGAUCACAAUAGGUUAUGAUAAUAUUAACUAAGGCCAAAACAACAGGACGAAAUCUGGUGUCGACUGCUAUACUAUAUAGAAAUGUAAGAAAAAUGUGGAAUGAAAAAACCUACCUAUAUUUAUAUAAAUGUAUAUGUGUACAAGUUACAAUUUUUUUUAGAUGUGCUUAAAUACGAUUAUUAAAGUUCUUGAUGUGCAACCAA